AUGGGCAUAUGUAAAACAACGUCUCGGCCCCAUAUAAUUGUUGUGGUAGCAGACGAUCUGGGCUGGAAUGAUGUAAGUUUCCAUGGAUCCAGUCAAAUUCCUACACCAAAUAUAGAUAGUCUCGCUUACAGAGGAAUCAUACUUAAUAACUACUAUGUCUCCCCAUUAUGUACCCCAACAAGAGGAGCGCUUAUGUCAGGACUACAUCCAAUCCAUACCGGAUUACAUUCAGGUGUGAUCAGAGGUGCCCAACCAAAUGGUCUUCCAUUGAACAUCACUAUCAUGCCCCAGAGGUUGCGAAAUCUUGGAUAUCGAACGCAUAUAGUGGGCAAGUGGCAUCUUGGCUCCUUUAAGAGUGAGUAUACACCAACGUAUCGAGGAUUUGAAACUUUCACCGGAUAUUACAACUCACAUGGAGACUACUAUGAUCACACAUAUGAAGACAGUGAGGGCUUCUUUGGUUAUGACUUUAGAAGCAAUGUUAGCCUAGACUACACAGCAAUCGGACAGUACUCAACAACGCUGUUUACAGAGCGAGCAGUGGACAUCGUGAAACAGCAUAACAGAGAGGAGCCCCUGUUCCUCUAUCUCCCAUACCAAGCCGUUCACACUGGGAAUGUGCCCAGUGGGAAUCCUUUACAAGCCCCAUCGGCGUAUAUCAAUAGGCAUCCACACAUACGGAGCGCAGAGAGAAGACACUAUGCAGGAAUGGUUGCUGCACUUGAUGACGGUGUUGCUGAUGUAGUUGAUGCUCUAAAGACACGUGAUAUGUACAAAGAUUCUAUCAUCCUCUUUACAACAGACAAUGGGGGUUCGUCAAACGGAUAUAUGGAAGGCGCAGGGAAUAACUUUCCCUUACGGGGUAUGAAGAAUACUUUGUGGGAAGGCGGUGUUCGAGGUGUAGCAUUCAUUAACAGUCCUCUACUUGAUACAACUGGAUAUGUAUCUGAAAACCUGAUACAUGUCUGCGAUUGGCUGCCAACACUUUAUUCUGCAGCAGGUGGUGACCCUACAGACCUUGGAGACACUGAUGGCCUGGACAUAUGGAAAAUGUUAUCAACAAACGGUGAACCCGUCCGUAACGAGAUCCUUCAUAACCUGGAGCCGUAUGGUUCUACAGGGGCGAUUCGUGUUGGGGAUUACAAAUUAGUCGUAUUGCAUAAUGAUGCAACGGAUAUGGCCAAUUGGUAUCCGCCUUAUCACACGCUCGAUGACAGUACCAAACUACAUUUCAGCAAGUUCGAAACUGGAGCAGCUAUGUUUCAUUUAUUUCUGCGAGAUAUUUCACGUAGAAAGACAACGGGGAAAUGUCGACAUUGCCCUAUAAGUGUGGAGUGUGGACAGAAAUAUGAUUAUUACAGAUUCAAUAAUAACGAAGUUGAUCGUAUUAAUCUGUUCCAUAUACCGUCUGAUCCAUGUAACAGAACAGCGGAUACGUCCAGCAACCCAAAACUGCAUGGCGGUGCUUGGGUUCCUUGGCUUGACUAA